UCUGCAGAUCAGUCUAGAAGCAUUAUGUCUCUGAAGUGGGCUUUGACAAUUCUGCUACUUCAGCUGUGCUGUGUGGGCCAUGGAUGCUGUGGGAAAGUCUUGGUGUGGCCCUGUGAAAUGAGCCAUUGGCUCAACCUAAAGACGAUUCUCGAUGAACUCACUGCAAAAGGACAUGAGGUGACAGUUUUGAUAUCGUCUACUAAUAUCUUAGUGGACUACAGAAAGCCUUCUGCACUGAAUUUCGAGGUGAUCCAAGUGCCUUAUGACAGAGAGAGUGCAAUGAAGGAAAUGGAAGACUUUGUAGAUCUACUUGUGAAUGACAAACCAACAAUGCCAUUCUGGCAAGCAGCAAGCACAUUCCAAAAACUCUUUCUUAACAACACUAGAACAUUUGAAAUGCUCUGUAAGAGUGCAGUCUACAAUCAGUCACUCAUGAUGAAGCUCCAGGAAACCAAGUAUGAUGUAAUGGUGAUCGACCCUGUCAUUCCUUGUGGAGAGCUGGUGGCUGAGUUGCUGGAGAUACCUUUUGUGCUUACAUUCAGUGUCUCCAUAGGCAGCACCAUAGAGAGAUACUGUGGGCAACUCCCAGCACCACCUUCCUAUGUACCUGUGGCGUUUGGAGGACUAACAGACAGAAUGACCUUUGUGGAAAGGGUGAAAAAUAUGAUGCUUAAAUUUUUCUUUGAUUUUUGGCUCCCACAAUAUGACUUCCAUUUUUGGAAUCAAUUCUAUAGUGAAGUAUUAGGAAGACCCACAACAUUGUGUGAAACUGUGGGCAAAGCUGAAAUGUGGCUAAUCCGGACAUAUUGGGAUUUUGAUUCCCCUCACCCAUACUUACCCAAUUUUGAGUUUGUCGGAGGAUUGCACUGCAAGCCUGCCAAACCUUUACCUAAGGAAAUGGAAGAAUUUGUUCAGAGUUCAGGAGAAAAUGGUGUGGUAGUGUUUUCUCUGGGUUCCAUGGUCAAAAACCUCACAGAAAAGAAGGCCAGUGCCAUUGCUUCAGCCCUUGCUCAAGUUCCACAGAAGGUUCUAUGGAGAUACCAGGGAAAGACUCCAGCAACAUUAGGAUCCAAUACUCGGCUCUUUGAUUGGCUACCCCAGAAUGAUCUUUUGGGGCAUCCCAAAACCAAGGCUUUCAUCACUCACGGUGGAGCUAAUGGGAUCUAUGAAGCCAUUUAUCACGGGAUCCCAAUGGUAGGAGUCCCCAUGUUUGCUGACCAACCUGACAACAUCGCUCACAUGAAGGCCAAAGGAGCAGCUGUGGAGGUGAACAUGAACACCAUGACCAGUGCAGACUUGCUCAGGGCCCUAAGGACAGUCAUUGACGAUCCUUCUUAUAAGGAAAAUGUGAUGAGGUUAUCAAGAAUUCACCAUGAUCAGCCAGUGAAGCCUCUGGAUCGAGCUGUCUUCUGGAUCGAGUUUGUCAUGCGCCACAAAGGAGCCAAGCACCUUCGGGUUGCAGCCCACGAUCUCACCUGGAUCCAGUACCACUCCCUGGAUGUAAUUGGCUUCCUGUUGGCCUGUGUGACAGUUGCUUUAUUUUUGGUGGUAAAGUGUUGUUUGUUUGCUUGUGGAAAAUGUGGUAAGGCAGGAAAGAAGAGAAAAAGAGAAUAGAACAAGAAAAAGAAGGAGGAGAUAUUUCUAAGUACGGCCAAGUCAUUGGUAGAGCAAUCCUAUUCAUCACAGUAACAAAAAGCUUACUGAUUAUUCUCUCUUCCUGCCAAUUACAAAUAUUCUAUUCCUAUACCUUACUUAAGAGAUAAAUUGUAGAAAUCCUUCUGAUCACUAACUGGUCAGUGUUUCCCUUUGUUUCUUCACUUGUUAUUUGCCAGUGGCCUUAUCAUUUCCCCCUCUCACUUUCCUGACACAGGAAAUAUAUUCUAUUAUAUAUUCUAGAUAUAUUUUAUUCAAAAUAAGAUUUAUUUUCAAAGCAAUAUUAACAUAAUAUGCUAACAGCAAUAUGCUGAAUCCAUGGAAUACACAGAAUCUAAACAGAAUUUCCAGAAUGAAGGGAGCUUGCAAGUGAAGUUCACAAGGCCCCAAUGAUCAAACACAUCAAGAAAUACUAUAUGAGACAACAGUUCUGAGAUUAAUGAUCUCCUCUUUAAUAAUAAUAAGCAUCCAGUAGAUGCUUGAGUCUGAAACAUCUUGUCAUUUCAUUUAAUAAAAAAAAAUGCUAAAAUUUGUUUUGAAAUGUUAGGUUUUUGCUAGAAUGAAAGAGGAGACAAUGUUUUUAAAAGCUGGGAAAUUCUAAGAAACAUAUAUAAUAAUAUAAUAAAUAAUAAAUAUAAUAUAGAACAUUCAAAAAAUCAUUUUGUUAACCCACAUUUUGUAAAGAAGUAAAUAAAUGUAUUGAACAGAUAGCUAUCCCUUAAAUUGAAUUGCAAGAUUUAUAUAUUGAUUCUAUUUAUAUAGCCUUAAUAAGUUCAACUAAAAAAUCUUAUAUUUUUCAAAUAUGCUGCCUUCUUCUGUUCUGUUCAUUAUGCAACUGCACAUGCAUUUACUUGUCCAAUCUUUAAUUUUUUCAUUUUUGACAUAUACCAGUCUUUCUUUGGCUUCUAGUUUUGAACAAAAAUGGUCAAUUACAUUUUAGAACAUCAGGUUUUUAUUCUGAAAUUUGUUGAUGAUUCGGUCAUUUGUCAAUAAAAAUGCAAUGAAGGCAAUCAUUUGUCCUAUUCUAAAUAGUAUAUCCAAAAGUACUUAAAGUAUCAAGUUCUCUUUUUUUCACCACUGUAAUUGCUGUCUGUUGGAGAUGACAAGAAACUAUAAAAAUUCCAGUAAACAUAUACUUGUCCACACUUUACCAAUCUUCAUAAUAAUAUUGUGAUCAGUAAAUGUAGAAGAAAUCAUGGAAGAGAUAUUCUAUUAUGCAAACAGUAUUGUAAUAAAUUCUAAAAAGUAGGGGAGAAAAGGCUGAAUUUCAUUUUCAACUUCAUUUGAAGUAUCCCAAAGUAGUUAUAAACUUAUAUAUUCUUAUAAAUUUAUAUAUAAACUUAUAUAUUCUAGAUAUAUACCAAUUUUAUUUUUCAUUACAAAUAAAUAGUAUUAUUGUAUAAAUAAUACAACAUUUAAAGUUUCAAAUACAAAUGUUUCUGAUAGGAAGUAUUAUUUCAUGGUGAAUAGGAAUAGGCCACUUGCUGUCUAAUUCGAAUUUCUUUAUGAAACCCUUGAAGACAGGGUAAAAGGUUUCCCAGAGUUUCUUCUACUUCAUUUUAAAUAAAUCUCCACAUAAAAGACCAUGGGAAACAUACUAAUUAUUCCUAAGGACAAUAUUGUUCAACCCUAUAGUGGGAGUCAGAAUCAUUCCAUAUUCUUUCUGUAAAGUGCUGUGUGGUACAAUUCCCUUGUAAAAUUAAGCUAGAUUGCUAGAGCCAUAAGUGGUUUCUCCUAUGAGGCAAGGCAUUGUGGGAAAACUUUUCUGCUUCCACAUCUCCACACACUUUAGUCUAACACCAUGUGCCUUUCAAGGAAAAGUUCAAGUUUGGGUGAAAGUUAUUGAUUCAGAAUUUCUGUUUUACUUUCCAAGAGGACUCUUCUAAUUUUACAUUCUUGCCAAAAGUCAAAAACAUUUUAAAGAACAGUUUUACAUUGUAUUCUGUUAGAUAUGUUAGUUUCUAAAAAGAGAGACUAUAUCUGAACUUUGUAAUUUAGUUAACUGAAUACAUACUAGUGUGUAACUAGACCUUACUUUUCUGACAAUGGAAUUAUGAGAUUUUUUUUCUAAACAUGAAUGUAUUUGAAGGUCAGUUUUAAAAUUUUUCUGGGGACAUAGUCUAUCAUUUUUCUGGUAUUUGUUUAAAAAGCUUUAUUAUGUUUCAUGAAUGUUGUAAUAAUAGUAUAUAGAAAAUUAAUUGUGUUCCUAUUUAAUAUAGUAAUUUACAUAUA